AUGAGCAGAACGGAGACAAUGGGUUUGACCAAAAGGGGGAUGUUGCAGUCAAGUAGUUUCAACCGCCUUAUGGACCAUUCUGAGUCUCUAAAAAGGGACAGUGUGGUGGGUAAUGGCGGUGCAGCCAAAGUGAGAGGAAGCUUGGAGCACAAGAAAUCAAUGAGUUUUAAAGAAGGAGAGAGCUAUUCCUCUUGGCUCAUAACGGAAGCUCCUGGGAGUAUAGCCGCCGUGAGGAGGGAGCAAGUGGCUGCACAACAAGCCCUGAGGAAAUUGAAGAUUGCUCAUUACGGAAGAUCCAAAUCAACCCUAAAUAGUUACAGCUCUUCCAAAGUGGUUCCUCUUAUCAACCCUCAACCUUAUCCUCAGAGAUGCAGCUUCCUCACCCCUACUUCUGAUCCUGUUUACGUUGCCUACCAUGAUGAAGAAUGGGGAGUCCCUGUCCAUGAUGACAAGACGUUAUUUGAACUGCUGAUCCUCAGCGGUGCACAAGUAGGAUCCGACUGGACAUCAACCUUGAGGAAACGCCAUGAUUUCAGGAAGGCGUUUAUGGAGUUUGAAGCGGAAGCGGUUGCCAAACUCACGGAGAAAGAGAUGAAUGCAAUUAGCAUUGAACACAAGAUAGAGAUGAGCAAAGUGAGAGGCGUUGUGGAGAACGCUAAAAAGAUCGUAGAAAUCAAGAAAGACUUCGGGUCACUAGAGAAAUACCUUUGGGGUUUUGUGAACCACAAGCCCAUCUCCACGAACUACAAGCUAGGCCACAAGAUUCCGGUCAAGACAUCCAAGUCGGAGUGUAUAAGCAAAGACAUGGUCCGUCGAGGGUUCCGGUUCGUAGGUCCCACUGUGGUUCAUUCUUUCAUGCAAGCCGCUGGUCUAACCAAUGACCACUUGCUCACUUGUUACCGUCACCUCCCUUGCACUCUCCUCACCACCAAUCCCUAA